AUGGUAGCCACUGUCAAGCGAACUGUAAGAAUUAAGACUCAACAAGCCAUCUUACCAGAUGUCCCUCCUCCUGUGGAAAAUUUUCCUAUGCGUAAAUGGAGCAUUGAAAUAGUACUGUUAGAUGAACAAGGAAAUGAGAUCCCAGCUACCAUUUUUGACAAGGUUGUAUACCAUUUGCAUCCUACAUUUGCUAAUCCCACAAGAACUUUCACCGACCCACCUUUCAAGAUAGAAGAGCAAGGCUGGGGUGGAUUUGAGCUUUUAAUAAGUGGCCAUUUGCUAGAAAAAGCAGGUGAAAGAAAGCUAACGCAUGACUUGCAUUUUAUGAAAGACUCUUACCAGAUUGAUCACGUAAUUCAAGUACCUAUUAACAAGCCACUACUUAAGGCGGAGCUACUGAAAAGUGGGCCGGUAGAUGAAGUCGCGACCACUCCUGCUGCGACAACGCCUUCUGGAACUGUGGAAAAGCGCAAAGCAGCUACCAAUGGUGAGCCAAAAACCAAAAAAGCAAAAACUGGUACAGCCAGUGCUGUAAAGGGCAGUGUUGAUCUUGAGAAACUGGCAUUUGGGUUAACAAAAUUGAAUGAGGACGAUUUGGUUGGGGUCGUUCAAAUGGUUACAGAUAACAGAACACCUGAAAUGAACAUUACCAACAACAUCGAGGAAGGCGAAUUCAUAAUUGAUCUAUACAGCUUACCUGAAGGCCUAUUGAAGAGUUUGUGGGAGUACGUCAAAAAAAACAUCGAAUAA